AUGGGAAGCUCUGUAAAAGAUUAGGAAAUAUCAAAUAAAAAGCACAAGGCUCGUAAUUCUAGCAGUGGAGCCAAUAACAAUAGCAAUAGCAGUAAUUAUUAAAGCAGUAAAAGAGACAUUCAUUAAGACCGCAGUUAUUCGAAGGAUGACAGUCAAAGCAGGUAAUACAAUAGUAACAACGGCGGCGGAGGAUCAAGCUCUAAAAAUAGCAAUCGUAACUCAUCACAAUAGGGUUAUAAUUAGAAUUCUUCAUCAAAUCAAGGAUAGAAUUCCGAAUAUGGAGGAUCUGGUUCAGGGAAAAAUUCUUAAGCAAAUUCAUAGAGAAAUUCCUCUUAAUAAGGAUUGUAGUAGUUAAAUUAGCAGUAGUAAUCUUAGCAAUAAUAGCAAUAGAUGCUUUAAAAUUAAAUGAAUUCUAUGGGAAUGAUGAAUUAAUUUUAGAACAGUUUUGGCUUGAUGGGAAUGUAGCCAUCUUAGCCUUUACAGCUAUUAAAUCCUAGCAUGAUUAUUCCUUCUGGAAAAAAAUAAAAAUAUGAUUUUCUUGAGUUUCCACCAUCCAGUUAGCAUGAAUUUCGCGCAAUUUUAUUAGAUUAUUUUUUGAGUGAUUUAUUUGAUUACCCAAUGCACUCAGCUGAGUUGUUUGAGAAUUUCAUAGAGGCCUUCAGUGAUAUUAAAGAUUCUUCUUCAUUUAUUAAGAAAUUAGAAUUAAUACCUUUGUUACAAGAAUUAAAUGACAAGAAAGCCAUCAAGCUAGAAACAUGUGCUGUCGGAACUAAAUUGUUUGAUUUCAUCGUAGAUAUUAACAAGGAUAAAAUUAAAUAACUAUCAAGAGAAUUUUCGAAAGAUAGACCAAAGUUCAUGCCUAUCCUUGAUAAAAAGCCUCAACCUUCCUCUUCAAAGACAAAUAGCAGCUCAACAACAGCUCCACCAAAACAAGCAAUAUCAAAAAGAGAAAUCGAAGAUUUAUUAAAGAAAGAAACGGGUCUUCAAAAGGAAGUUAUUACACAAAGUAAAGAAAAAAGCAAUUUAUUGAAUAAGAUUUCAGCAGCAGAAGAAUCUGCAUUAGCUAUUUUCAGAAAGUAAGGCUCUAGAAGAAUAGAUUACUGUGAUUGUGGUACAAGAGAUAAGUGUAUAUAAAUAAGAAAUUCCACAGUGCCUUGCAACAAAGCGCACUUCAGAAAGAUAAUUCGUCCUCAUACAGAUGAAAAUUUAGGAAACUGUUCUUAUUUAGAUACUUGCAGGCAUAUGGAUUACUGCAAAUUCGUUCAUUAUGAAUUAGAUGUGGAUAUAAAUAACAUGAAUAACGAUAAUCUUUUGCUAGAUGGAAUUGAAAAAAAACUCAAUCCUUAAUGGAUUAACUGCGAUCUAAGACAAAUAGAUUUUAAUAUUUUGGGUAAAUUCAACUGUAUAAUGGCUGAUCCUCCUUGGGAUAUUCAUAUGACUCUUCCUUAUGGUACAUUGAAAGAUAGAGAAAUGAAAGCAAUGAGAGUUGAUUUACUUCAAGAGGAAGGUGUUAUCUUUUUAUGGGUAACUGGCCGUGCUAUGGAACUUGGUAGAGAGUGCUUAACUAAUUGGGGAUAUAGAAGAGUUGAAGAAAUUAUUUGGGUAAAAACAAAUUAAUUGCAAAGAAUUAUAAGAACAGGAAGAACAGGCCACUGGCUGAACCACUCUAAAGAACAUUGUCUUGUAGGAAUUAAAGGUAAUCCUAAGAUAAAUAGAAAAAUCGACUGUGAUGUGAUAGUCUCAGAAGUUAGAGAAACAAGUAGAAAACCAGAUGAGAUUUACAAUUUAAUAGAAAGAAUGUGUCCUGGAGGGAAAAAAAUAGAAUUAUUUGGUAGACCACACAACACUAUGCCAGGUUGGCUAACUCUUGGUAAUUAGUUACCAGGAAUUUAUUUAGAAGAUGAGGAAAUUAUAGAAAGAUAUAUGGAUGCUUAUCCUGAUUAAGAUAUAAGCAGAGAAACAAUGGAAAGAAAUAGAAUUAGAAUGAAAAAUGAAAAUGAUAUUGACCAUAUUUAUAAUUCACAUAUACAAAAUAUUCCUCCUUUUAAAACUAAAUAGCUAACAAAAGAUUUGCAACUUCAACAAUAAAGCAGUAGUAUGCAAACUACUUAAUAGUAAAGUAGUUCACAGAUGAUGCCUCAAAUGUAAUAACAGUAAUCUUCGCAAUCUAUAAACUCCAACACCGAUUUAUAAAUGCAUGGAAACGGAUUGUACGAGCAAGAAUGA